AUGAGGGCUCCUCCACAGCCAAGAAGGUCUAGACAUCGAUACGUGCUUCAGGUUAUUCAAAAAUUUCACGAUACUAUCGGUUUCCACAGGGUUAGAAGGAGAUGGCAUUUGCACAAGGUACAUAAGGCUAGCAGGGCUAACGCUCGCAACAGAAAUGUCAAUAAUAAUAAUAAUAGUAAGAAUAAUAUUGAACAAAUUGGUAAUACUCCUGUUAGACUAGAAGAUAUUGCAAACCAACCUAGCGGUGUGGAUAUUCCGAAGAAAAGGCGGAUGCCCCUUCUAAUAGCAUCCUUCCCUAAAGGUUCCUCAAGAUCUCCCCAGUUCAACGUAUUGGAGAGGAACAGAAAGUCUAAAUUGCUAUUAAGUCGUAGAAAAUAUAAGCUAAAGUCUUUCCAGGGGGGCACAAAGAGCUUAAAGGGUAAGACCAAUGCUAAGAAUUGCCAAAAAGCGUAUACAGUUCGAAAAGAAGUGAUGCAGCAUGCUCAAAUGAAGGUCAAUUAUCACAGAAAGGGGGUCGUUAACUCUACUUGCGUUCUACUGGAUAACGAUUCAGGACGCAAUCCUGAGUUCUUGAGUUUUGGCCAUGAAUGUAGCAUACGGUUGAAGGAUUAUCCAUCGUUGUCUAUCAGAAAUCCUCGCAAGCAACAGCUGCAACUGAAAGUACAACAGCAACUGCAAAAGGACAAAAUACAAAAGGAAAAACUACAACAUUCACAACAAAUGACCGCUGCAGAAGUCAUAGCAGCAGAGGCCACUGUAGCAACAACUAGAUCGAGCUGCGUAAGAUAG